AUGUUUUAUGGCAUCUGGGAACUGAACCAACCAGAUAGGACAAAAGGCCAGUGCGUGGCCAUCGGUCAUAAUGCUAAGCUAUCUUUCAAGCCUUGCAAAAGUUUGGGCGCUGUUGCCUGUCAGGCACCAGCCUGUCUCAAAGGUUAUUUUCGAUGUGCAAAUGGUAAGUGUUUGCAUCGAGAUUGGAUAUGCGAUGACCAAAACGACUGUGGCGACAGAUCAGAUGAACAGAACUGUGAUAAAAAAUGUCGGUAUUACUUGAAACAAGACAUUGGUCGCAUUCAUGGAACUGUUGAGCAAUACACUAGCAACGUCGAUUGCAUUUGGACAAUACAGGUCCAGCUUGGAACGAAGAUAAAACUCAUGUUUAAGUCAAUUCAGCUUGAAGACAGUGCAGAUUACCUGGAAAUUUAUUCUGGUGGCUCUACACUAAAGGACAGUACUUUGAUCGGGCGAUUGACUGGCAAACAACAAGAUGUGACAAUAUACAGCGAAAACAAUUUGGUUAUAAUCCGUCUCUAUUCUGACCACAGGGGAUUUGGGAUUCAGUUCAUAGAAGGUUGUGAAGUUCAGAUUGAAUCACCAUUCAGCAACAUUACGUCCCCGGGAUACAACUUCUUAAUUCCAAGUAAAAGUCGCUACCCGAACGAUAUCCAUUGCAGGUGGAAAUUAACAACGAAAAAGCCAGACGAUCCGCCCAUCCAUAUUUUCUUUAUAGAUUUCAGUUUAGAAGAUGCUGACUUUGUCCAGGUAACUGACGGUACAAGCAUCCUGGGAAGAUAUACGGGACAUCAUGUGCCACCAAUGUCAACAUCAGUUAAUGCAAUUUCAUGUGGGAGUCCUCCAGCUUUAGCCAAUGGAUUUGUGUUGGCAUCUAGUGACGGCGUCUCAUACAAAUCGCACGUCAUCUACCGCUGCGAAAACGGUUUUAAUUUGCACGGCUCAAACACCAUUUGUCAGGCUGAUGGACGCUGGUCUCAAAUCCCAACGUGCACAAGUUUUCGGCUAACUGGAGAUAAAUCGAUUGUUUGUAAUGCUUCAUCAUUAUGGUCGUCGCCUCCUCCACGCUGUGAACCCAGAAAAUGUACCCGGCCAACGAUCGUCAAUGCUGAAAUUAUCUCAUCGAGUGUAAUCUAUUAUAGCCAUUCAAUAAAUGUCUCUUGCAAUCCAGGGUACUUUCUCCGAGGUACUCAAUUUAAAUAUCACCAACAACUUACAUGUAAUGAAGAUGGUAACUUUGGUACCCUUCCUCACUGUGAUGAUGAAAAUGAAUGCUUAAAAAUACCCUGUAAUUUGAACCAGAUGUGUGUGAAUACAAUUGGAAGCUACAAAUGUGAGUGCAACAACGGAUUCAAGAAAGAAGGCGGUGAUUGUGUUGAUAUUAAUGAAUGCGCUACUAAUAACGCUGGCUGUCAUCACGUAUGUAUCAAUACUCAAGGCAGUUAUUAUUGCGCUUGUACUGACGGAUACUGGCUUUAUUCACAAAACUUCACCGACCUUGUAAAAAUUCCAAAUUUGAAGUCACCUAUUCUGAGAAAUAAUGGAUAUAUUCCUAAACAUGAUUGCAUUAAGGUCAUGUGUCCAGCCCCAGCCGUCCAUGUCAACUCUAUUCUGAUGACAUCAGCAAAACAUUUUUAUUACGGAUCAGUGGCAGAUUACGAAUGUGAAAUCGGUUAUAAAAUAGUGGGGCGAAACAGAUUAACUUGCUUGUCCAGUGGUCAAUGGGAUCAUGAAACACCUUCAUGUGAAUUGGAACAUUGUUCAAAUAUGAAAACAGUUCUCAGUGGCCGUGAAAAUCUGCAUUCGAUUGAGCCAUCUACGGAUACUGUUCCUUUUGGUAGCAAAGUAACCAUCUCUUGCAAUCACAGUUAUUCAUAUGGACUCAUCAAGAAAAUACUUUUCUGCAGUUUUGACCAUAAGAAAAUGACAUACCGCCUGCAAGGUGAUGCUCCUGAAUGUCCAGUUAUUGAUUGUGGCAUUCCAGCUUUGAAGCCAUCUAUUAUCAUGCCUUCCAAUUUGACCACAUCUCAAAAAACAAAAUUCCUCUUUGUUUGCAAAACUGGUUAUGUAAGAAAAGGAGUUAGUCCAAAGAAUGACACAUUUGUCCGUUGUAAUGCCGAUGGAAUAUGGGAAUUUGACCAGAUAAUAUACAGAAACAUUAAUGCCACAUUUGUUGCAGAAGACUUUUCUGGAAAUAAGGAAACAUGUACAAUUGAAAUUAAAACCAGAGAAUUUCUUCCAGUGAACAUUUCGUGUCCUUAUUACAUCGAAAAAUAUGUGUCAACGUUUGGAGAAAGCAUUGAGUUAACUUCUCUAGUUACAGCUGAAAACAGUGUGAGAACGGUCGUGACUCCAGAAAAAAUUGCCCCAAUGCUUCAUGACAUUAACCGAAAUUUUCAUAUUUUUGCCGAAGCGUCUGGGAAAACUGGUGCUUCAGUCAACUGCACUUUCUACGUGCACGUUCGGCGUAUGUACUUUUCUUUUAUUUGA